UCUCUGCCCUGCCUCGGGGGCCCUCUGGCUGCUGUCGUCCGCCGAGUGCUCGCCGCCCCUGACCGAGAGUGUCCCGCGGGCCUGCCUCCUUCCAGCCGCCGGCCUUGACGCUGGGGUGCCGACCUGGUCCUGCCUGCCCUCUCCCCUCCGGGAGGGAGCGCGGUCCUCCGAGGCCCCGCCGCCGGCCAUGGCCUUCACUUUCGCCGCUUUCUGCUACAUGCUGUCCCUGGUGCUGUGCGCCGCACUCAUCUUCUUCGCCAUCUGGCAUAUAAUUGCCUUUGAUGAAUUAAGGACAGAUUUUAAGAGCCCCAUAGACCAGUGCAACCCUGUUCAUGCGAGGGAACGGCUGAGGAACAUUGAACGCAUCUGCCUUCUCCUGAGAAAGCUGGUGCUGCCAGAAUACUCCAUCCACAGCCUCUUCUGCAUCAUGUUCCUGUGUGCUCAGGAGUGGCUCACCCUGGGGCUCAACGUGCCCCUUCUUUUCUAUCACUUCUGGAGGUACUUCCACUGCCCGGCAGACAGCUCGGAGCUGGCCUACGACCCGCCCGCCGUCAUGAACGCAGACACCCUGAGUUACUGUCAGAAGGAGGCCUGGUGCAAGCUGGCGUUCUACCUGCUGUCUUUCUUCUACUACCUCUACUGCAUGAUCUACACGCUAGUGAGCUCUUAACCUGGAUGGCGCCAGUCACCAGAGACGGGGACGGGAGAGGCCGGAGGCGGAGUUCACGUGUGCUGGCUGGUGUUGGGGAAAGGCCCGGACUGGGGUGCGUGAGAGACACCUGCGGACGGCAGAUUCCUGCAGCAGCGGGGACCGAGGUCCUGGAGCGCUGGGGUUGCUGCCCAGCCCGAAUCUGGGUUGUGAUCCCAUCUGGGCCAUGGGACCUCUCCUGAGCGAGGACUGCUGUUUCCUUUGCGCAGCCCCCCUGACCGCCCGGUGCCGUCUGCGCAGAUCCCUGGACCUCGGGAGGGGGUGGCUGGCAGGCCCAGGACCUGCCCAGGUGUCUCAGACUGCCCAAGUGUCCUGUGUUUCCUCAGAGCCACGCCCUGUGCUCCCGUGGGAGGGUCUGUCAGGGGCCGAAGAUUCACCUUUGGCUCCCACCAGCCCUGAGCCUUCGGGCCGUCGGCGGGAGCUGGGGCUCAGGCCGCUGGUCAUGCGUUAUGUCCAAAGUCACAGGGGAGGCGGGAAUCAGAGGGGAAAAUGAGUUUUUAAAACAUUUUCAUGUUCAGGGUGUUAGUUCUUUGCCACCACAGACUGUAUUCUUCUGCCGACGAUCCAAAACCGUCGCAGAAUCAACGGAUGCAAAUCGACCGGUCAACAUUGUCAAUGCCGCCUUCUCUUGAGGACCCCGAACAGUGGCGCCUGGGAAAUGCCCCGCACCUGCUCUGUGCUGUGUGUGUUCGGUGGCCAGGAGGCAAGACGCAUGAUUACAGCCUUUUGCGAUUCUA